AUGCGCCGCGUGAAUGCGCUUGUUGGUAAGCGCAACGCUGCCGCUGCUGUGCAGACCGUCAAGAGAGCCCUCCAGGGGUCAUGGGAGUCGCUAACGGAUGGUGCGGAGCCUGCCGGCAGUGGCUCAUCUGAGGCAGCUUCUUCAGGCGUGCUUUCCACUUCCCGCCCAGUGUUCUCGACGAAGGCCUUUGCAGCCGCGCUAUUUGCCUGCGAGGCAAUUGGUGACGCCGCAUCCGGCCUGUCUCUCGUCGCCGAGGUGCGCCGGUUCUCCUCCAGAGGCAUCUCGACGGAGUGGCUCCAGACGGAGCACGUGCUGUCGGUGAUUUUGCGCCUCCAAUGCGUGGCGGGUGACCGCGACGGCGCGACGCGCAUGAUUGCCUAUCUUGAGCAGCACGGGCUUUUGCGCCUACGCAGCGCCUCGGCCUUCUUGCAGUACUGCUGCGGUGGGCUCAGGGACCGUCGACUUGCCUUUGCCGUAUAUGAGGCGGCACUCAAGCACAAAAUCGAGCUUACCGAACCAGACUACGUUGCACUUGGCCUGCUGUGCGUGCAGGUUCGAGAACCUAUCCGCACGCUUUUUUUCAUGCUGCAGGAGAUGCGCGAGCACGUUGCGGAGGUGAGCGAGAAAAUGGUGCGCGAGGUGCUGGAGCCGUGGGUAAGGAUGGCCAACGAAGACGCCACUGUCGGUCUGAGGCCUCGCGGGGUUCAAACGUCGUUGCGCCUCCACAGAGUCGACGACAUGCAUCACGUCCUGCAGCUGUCUGUUGCCUCGCCACCACCGUCGACUGGUGCUUCUGCGAGAGGUACCGUCAGUGCCAGCGACAGUGCUGCGGCUGCGCCACCUACCGGUACUCAGGUGUGUGGCGUCUGUCCAGCUUGUCAAGCGAAACUAUCCGGGUACCCUUUCACAGCCGCCUGCCGUUCUCAUCUUCUGCGCGAGUUAACGGAGCUGAUCAUUCCGCGGGCCUGCCGCAACCGCCGUGCAGUGCUCGGAUUCGAGCACUGGAAGCGCUAUAUGCACGCUCGCCUGGACGCGGGCGAUCUCGUCGACGUCUUCAUUGACGGCGCCAACUUGGGCUACUAUGGCCUGUCGAACUGGUACGAUCUGGCCAAGAAGCAGCUGAUGCUGCACCGCGGCGUCCCAGAGAGUCGAAUCACCGGCAAUGAUUUGGACUUUAAUGCACAGUGCCAGAGCACUGGCCGCGGCGUCGAUGUAGGCGUGAACUUUGAGCUGAUUGACGCUGCCGUGACGCUUGCCGUGGAUACGUACGGAAUGCACCGCCCACUCGUCAUGUUGCAUGAGCGACACGUCGAGCCGAAGUUCAUGACGUCACAGAGCACCGCCAUUGUGCAGCGCUGGAAGGAUCGAGGGUGGCUCUACUGCUCUCCUACGGGGUUGAACGAUGACCUCUGCUGGCUGUAUGGCGCACUCCUCUUGACCGAUCCGACGGACACGACGCCUACGCCAGUUACAGCAGCCUCCGUCUCCUCUCAUCGCACGUUUGUCUGCACCAACGACAAGAUGCGCGACCACCACUUCCGUCUCUUGAGCCCGAGAGCCUUCACACGCUGGCGUGACCGGCACCGCAUUGCCUUCCGCUGCGCGCGUGUGGGGGAUCGUACGGAGUUGCACUGGGAGCUGCCGGUUCCUUAUGAGCGCUGCAUUCAGCGACACGAUGCCUACACCGCACCUUCGAAGCAUGAGCCAGAAAAGCGGCCAACGCCAUUGCACAACGUGGCGUUACACUCGGCGGCUCACACCGGCUCUCCACACGGGAGUGGCGUGGGGGCUAUUACCUCGUGGCACAUACCCUUUACCUCCGCGCCGCGAAGCGCGGCGGCCUCGGCUGUGCUCAGCGCACCUCACGAUGGCAAAAUUGUUCAGCACAGCUCUGAUGGUGGGCAGCCCGCUGCGACGCCAAAUGUGGAGGACAAGAGUGCUGCUCACCGUCCCUCAGUUCUCCUUCAGGAGGUAGGAAGGGAGCAGGUGUGGGAGGCAGAGGAGCCUAUCGUCGUGGAGCAGGAGGAGACAGCGGGGGAGGAAGACGCUGUGGAGACCGCACCUGCACUUGCAGGUCCGUGGGUGUGUAUCACUGUCCACGAAGAAGCGGUUGGCUGA